AUGCUUGAUCACGAUGACAAGGUAAUGGAGGAUAUAAAGGAUGGCACAUGCAUCACGCAAAAUGCCAUCUUUCAUGAGAAUCCAUCAUCAUUAUCAAUUAUCUUGUAUCAGGAUGCAUUUGAAGUUGCAAAUCCACUUGGCUCAGACACAGAGGUGAUUCAACAAGAAAUCAAAAGAGUGCUUCCAGAAUUGGUCAACAGCAAACUUCUAACAGUACUCAAUCAUCUUUGUUUUGUGCUUGGAGUUGAGAAGACACAGGACCUUGCACUAGUGGAGGUGACAGACCUUCAGAGCUUUUUAUUUCCCAUUCAAUGUCGAAAACUCAUUAUGGACUUCAAACAAAGAGCAUCUAUAAGCCAAGUGGAUGUGACCACAGUAACCCCACUACCACCUCACUCUGACAUAUCAGAACAACCUUCGACUUCUUAUACUCCUGCAAAUUCUGACUGGCUCAGUAUGUUCGAGAUUCCUUGGAACCGCAUGCCUGCAGCCCUUUUUCAUGCAGCACUUAAUAAGGAGAAUGCUCCACUUGGACCAAGGAGAGAGUUUGUACGAACUGUUGUGGCAGCCAUAAGGGAACUUUGCCCAAACCCACACUUAGCUGACUGUGGGGAAGUUGCAAGAAAAAUAUUUUCUAAACAUCCCUUAACCUUUGGGGACUUUUCAGAGGAAGGCAAACAAAUAGGAAAAGGCUAUAGUUCGCUUCAAAGACAGCUGAAAACCAGGGUGGAACAUGUUAAUAGAGACAAUGUAACGUACAGGAUUCGUCAACCCAAAAAAACAGUGCAGAACAAGAUGAACAAUUGCACAGUCAAAAAAGUUAGAUGUAAAAUAGACAGUUAUGGUUGCGUUAAUUGGCAACCUACCUCCUUGCCAGAUGGAGAGACCUCAGAAUCUCUUGAAAUGAAGAGAAUGGUUGUUUUAGAAAAGUUUCAAUCUGAAGGCCCAAGUUCUGCUGAAGUGUCUGAUGUGGACAACCUAAUGCGAGAGACUUACAUCUGUCAGCGGCAUAAGAUUAAUUCAUGCCCCCCUCCAGCUAUUAGUGACAUAGAACUUGAGUGGCCAUACUUAUUCACUAAAAGAGGCCUAUGCAAUCACUUUGAAACCCUUACAGGGAUCGACAUAAACAGUCGCCUCAGUGAAUGCCUGACUGGAAAAAGCCAAAGAAUUAAAAACUAUUUUCAAAAGCAGACAUUAAAAUGGAAUCCAGAGGUUCAAGCUCUCUUAAAAGAAAUUGAAGCCACACCAGCAACCAAUCAUAAGACUAUCAUUUCCGCCAUCCUACUGACAAUGAAAUACUUCAAGGAAAAGGAAAAUUCUCUCUUCGUUUUAGUAGAUAAAACUUCCACAAAGAUGUCAGUGGAAAAUGAGCUAAACCUACUAGCCACACCACGGCUAAUCAUGCUGGGAGAUACACUUCUUACUUCAUCAAAGUGGAUGAUCAGCAUUGAGGGGAAAGUGACACAUUGCAUUGAUGAGGAUCUAGAUUUUACUGCAGCACUCUCUGUUCUUUUUGCUUGCUUCUAUGUUUUUAAUAUUGAGUACCAAGAGUCGGCCAGUGCCACACUAGAGCUCAUUCAAAGAUUCUUUGUGAGGAUUAAUCCUGAGGGGACAAAAUGUGCUGUAAAAGCUGGAACUAGCCGCAAAACUGGCUCAUCGGUUAAAAGAAAGGUUCAAACCAUGAAUCCACAUGUACAUACAUUUUUGCAGCGGCUCACCGAAUUUGAGUGGAAAACAUGUAAUUAG